CUUGGAUUUGAGGAGCAGGUGUAAGGAUCCACAGGACUGGAGAGCAGGGCAGAACCAGGUGGAAGAAACUCCCUGUAAGUUGCCCCAAGGAGAAUGAUUCCAGACUGGCACAGCGCCUUGAUUCUCACGGCCUACACCCUCAUCUUUCUCACUGGGCUCCCUGCCAACCUGCUGGCCCUGCGCGCCUUCGUGAGCCGGGUCCGCCAGCCCCAGCCUGCCCCGGUGCACAUCCUCCUGCUUAACCUGACCCUGGCGGACUUGCUUCUGUUGCUGCUACUGCCCUUCCGCAUCGUGGAGACGGCGUCCAACUUCCGCUGGUACCUGCCGAAGAUCGUGUGCGCGCUCACGGGCUUCGGCUUCUACAGUAGCAUCUACUGCAGCACGUGGCUGCUGGCCGGCAUCAGUAUGGAACGCUACCUGGGAGUGGCGUUCCCGGUGCAGUACAAGCUGUCCCGCCGGCCCCUGUACGGCGUGGUCGCUGCUGUGGUGGCCUGGGUCAUGUCCUUCGGCCACUGCACCAUCGUCAUCUUCGUACAGUACCUGAACUCAACCGAGCAGGUGGGCACCGGGAACCAGCUAACCUGCUACGAGAACUUCACCCACGAGCAGCUGGAUGUGGUGCUGCCUGUGCGGCUGGAGCUGUGCCUGGUCCUCUUCUUCGUCCCCAUGGCAGUCACCAUCUUCUGCUACUGGCGCUUCGUGUGGAUCAUGCUCACACAGCCCAACGUAGGGGCUCAGAGGCGACGCCGAGCGGUGGGCCUGGCUGUGGUGACGCUUCUUAAUUUCCUGGUGUGCUUCGGACCUUACAACAUGUCCCACCUGGUGGGGUUCUACCUGAGGCAGAGCCCCCCGUGGCGGGUGGAGGCUGUGGUGUUUAGCUCCCUCAAUGCCAGCUUGGACCCCUUGCUCUUCUAUUUCUCGUCCUCCGUGGUGCGCAGAGCUUUCGGGAAAAGCCUGCUGCUGUUCCGCAACCCUAGCUCCACUGUGCUGGGCAGAGGGACCAAAGAGACAGUGGAGGGGACCAGGAUGGACAGCGGCGGGAGCCAAGCAGAAGGGUGCAGAGCUCCAACAUCGUCGCCACCGAGUAGAGAGUUCCCUGGAGCUUCCUGA